AUGGCAAAAGCAAAGCUGAGUAGCAGAGAGAAAAGAUGGUCUCUCAAGGGAAACACUUCUCUCGUUAUAGGAGGAACCAAAGGCAUAGGACAUGCUAUAGUAGAAGAAUUAGCAGAAUUUGGGGCAGCUGUGCACUGUUCUCGCAGCCAAAAAGAGCUUGAUGGGUGUUUACAAGAAUGGCAAACCAAAGGUUUCAAAGUAACUGGAUCUGUAUGCGGCGUAUCAAUUCGAGACCAGAGGGAAAAACUUAUGGCUGUUUCCUCCAUCUUUCAUGAAAAGCUCAACAUUCUUGUUAACAACGCUGGGACACAUAGAUUUAAAGAAGCCUUAAAGGAUACUGCUGAAGACAUUUCGACGGUUAUGAGUACAAAUUGUGAGUCUGCAUAUCAUCUAAGUCAGCUUUCGCAUCCUCUCUUAAAGUUCGAUUUAAGGGAUACAGAAAACAAUAAUCAUUUGAGGGAUACAUGUAGAAAUGUUGAUUUGAUUAAUUGGAAAAAUGGACGAUUUGCAGGAGCAAUGGAGCAAAUUACAAAAAAUUUGGCAUGUUAGUGGGCAGAGGACAAUAUUCGAGUUAAUGCAACUUACAUUGAUUUCACUCGUCGCAUUCCCCUCUCUCGAGGAGGAAACCCUAAUGAGGCAUCAUCAGUACUGGUAUUCCUUUGUUUACCUGCUUCUUCAUAUAUCACUGGCCAAGUUAUAAUUGUGGAUGGAGGACACACUGUGAAUGGCUUCUAA